AUGUCAAAGAUUACUAAACUUCCAACUGCUCUUGCUAUCAUCGUCGGUGUAGGUCAUGGUACUGGUUCAGCUGGUGAUUCUUCUAUCAAUCUUGCCAGAAGUUAUGCUGUAGCUCUUUUAGCUCGAUCAAAGGAUAAACUGGAACAAAUCAGUCGAGAGAUACAAACGAAAGGAGGAACGGCGGAUAGCUUUCCUUGCGAUGUUUCUUCUGAGCAAUCGAUCAAAUCGACUUUUCGAGCUAUCAAGACUAGAUUUGAUAAAAUCCCAUUAAGAGUUGCAGUCUUUAAUUCGUCUAGCUCAUUUCAAAUGAAGCCCUUUCUAGAAUCAAGUCGUGAUGAUCUCGAGACUAGUCUCAACGUUAGCGUACUUGGAGCAUUCAGCUUUGCGCAAUCUGUAUUAUCAGAACUUUUGUCUCAUCAAGAAGGAGGAAGUUUGAUUUUCACAGGUGCUACUGCUUCUAUAAGAGGAAGUGCCAAUGUCGGUUGCUUUGCAGCAGGUAAAUUUGGACUUCGAGCGCUGAGUCAAUCUUUAGCUAGGGAAUUCGGUCCCAAAGGUAUCCAUGUAGCUCAUGUGAUCAUAGACGGAGUCAUUGAUACUCCCAAUGUCACAGAAUGGUUGGGUCCUGCGAAGACUUCUGACACAGCUUAUGUUCAUCUUCAUCAACAAGACAAGAAUUGUUGGACUCAAGAAUUAGAUCUUAGACCUUGCCACGAAAAGUUUUGA